ACCAGACACCCAACGCCCCCCCUAGAAGGCGGCUCCACCACCUCCACCCAAACCCUCGCUCGCUCUCUCUCUCUCUCUCUAGCCUCAAGCUCUUCUCCCGUCUCUCUCUCCGGCGCGGCCAUGGCGACCUCUUCCAGGACCAGAUCCAGGAGCGGGCCGGUGCUCCGAUCCCUCUCCCCGUCGGGAAGGUACUACUCCCCGGCGGCCUCGGCGGCGGCGGAGUCGUCGCUCUCAGCCACCGCGUCGGCCUUCGCGUCCUCCACCAACUCCAGCUUCUACUCCCCGCCCUCGUCGUUCUUCAGCCACCACCGGUCGUCCUCCCCGACGCGCGUCAACCUGUUCAAGUCGUCGUCCCAGAUGUCCCCCUCCGUGCGGUUCUCCAUCGACCGGUCCACGUCCCCCGGCAGGUCCAUCGCCGUCCCGCCCCGGCAGCACGUCAUCAGGCGCCAGGGCGGCCCGGCGAAGAAGACGUGCAUGUGCUCCCCCACCUCGCAUCCAGGUUCGUUUCGCUGUAGCUUGCAUAAGAACUCCGUCGCCGGAGGCAGCGGCGGCGGCGGUCAGCAGGCGUCGUUCCCGUCGAAUCGGCUCAACAUGAGGAGAUCGGCGAUGACGAACUCGAUCGUGAGGAUCGGCGGCGUGGAAGGCGAGCUGAUGAGGAGAUCCCUGACGGCCCUGAUCCGGCCGUCGUCGCACCACCUGCGGCGGCGCGGCGCUUUCGAGACGAGGCCGAGCCGGCUCUCCGUGAUGUCGAAGGCGGAAGAUCCGAAAUAGGAACUGCAUUUUUUUCAUAUUUACAGGUUUGUCAGCCCGCGAGCGGGCGAGCGAGACCAAUCCGCUCCCGAAGGCAUCGGAUCGGGCGGUGCGGACCGGGUCAAACUCGGCUGAACUCGGAGGAGCCUCUUGCUGUACCAGGAGGACCGGAUCGACCCUGCGAGUUAUUUGGCGACGGGGCUGCGAAGAUCGGAACCUUCUUGUGUACAUAGACUCCCCCUGUGCUGCUGAGCCAAUUUGAUGGCUUUUGAGAAGGAGAUCAGAAUUCUUUUUCGGACAUUAAUUUACACAUUCAAUUUGGACAGAUCUAAAAAUUCCCCUAA